CCGACGUCCCGUACACGUCAGACGCACCAUUCUGGAGAUGUAAGCAGCUCCCUCGCCGUUCAGAUUGGCAUCUGCAACGGACGAAGUGCAGCAUAUGGCCAUGGAGGAGAAGGAGAGCCGCAGUGCGGCCAGCGGGGCGUCGCCCGACAGCUCUCCCACCACGAUGGUUAACGGAGGACCAUCGGCAAGCGCCACGAAAAGCCGCGGGCAAAGGUCGACCCCCGCUGCACUGCUCUCCGUCGAUGAGGCAUUCGGUCCGUGUGAGACACAGACAGACAGACAGACAGGUAGGCAGACACUUUACAAAGCUGUGCAGAGACGGGCAAGGAAGUCCCUAAGGGAGAGUCGGCAUCCAUGUGUGUGUGUGUGGUUGUCAAUCGAUGAUUUGUUCGUUCUGUUUAGGCCUGUGCAAGAUCCUGUUCAGCAAGAUGUCUGCGGCCAACGAUGUCAUCUCGUCGGGCUCUGGUGGAGCUUACGGAGAGGUAAUAUACCUGGAGCAUUGCAUGCUCAUAAUUCUGUCUGUCUGUCUGUCUGUCUGUCUCGCUGCAUGCCUUUCAGAACAGAGCAUCGUCUGUGCGUGCGCUUCUGGACAUUGCACGGGAUAAGUACUGCCUCACACAGGUGCGUUCGAUUCACGAGCAAGGCGCUUGCUUAUCCUGGGAUGGUCACGAUUGGUCCCUCGUACACACCCAUCCAUCCAUCCAUGCACAUGGGCGUUGGUUGGAUGCAGAACUCGGUGUUCUUGGACGUCGGCAGCGGGAGUGAGUGAGACAUUAACAGCUUGACUGGCCGUCGAUCUGUCGGUGGCCAUGUUGCUCCAUUGUGCCCAUGCAUAUCUCCCUCCUCCCCGCCCCUCCCCUGCCCUGCGUCUGUGUUCCACUCAUUGGCUAACGUAUGCAUGCAGGGGGCGUUCCAUCCUUCGUGGCGAGCGCCUACACGCAACGCGGGGCAUCCUUGGGGGUUGAAAUCGAUGAGAAUGCCGCUACUCUGAGCCAGAAGAACCUCGUCCAGCUGUUAGAAGCCAUGUAUGUAUCUAUGUAUGCAUGUAUGUAUGUAUGUGGCGCAGGCAGGCAGGCAGGCAGGCAGGAACACACACUCACACUGAGGUCAACCAAAAAAAAAACGCAGGCAGGUGUGAUCCAUCUGUGUGUCCUUGUUCGUGUGUGUGUGUGUGUGUGGUGUGUGGUGUGUGCAGGCAGCAGAGGCAGGUUGAGAGCGGCAUUGAUCCAUAUGAGCACGGUGGGUAAGCAAGGAGAAAGGAGAGAGACAUGUAUGUCUCCUGACGUCCUGGCUGCAUCCUACCGGCUGUCGCAACACAUACAAACCAGUGUUUGCGUCUGUCUGUCUGUCUGUCUGCCUGCGUGUGGUAUCUAUCGGUUCUCUCCAUCUGUCGAUGCCGCGCAGCCCCUCCGCUGCACUGUGGAUUUCUCCAUGCAGGUACGUAGGUACCUACGUGGGGGGAGGCAGGCACAGAGGGAGGCACUCGGACAAACGCCAUGGGUGUGUGCCUGCCACAGAUGCUUGUGACCUUGAGAGCUUUGACCCCGCCACACACGUCUAUUCCUUUGAUUUCGCCAUGCCCGCCUUCAUGAUCGCCAGAUUUGUCAAGCUCUUCAAUUCCAGCCAUACGGCCUUCAUUUAUAUGUCAUUUAGGAAAGGUGCGAUCGACGCGACAGACAGUGCUGUGCUGUGCUAGCCAGAGAUAGAUACGCCCAUGCGGUGGAGACAGGCCCUCGUGAAUCUGGGUGUGUGUUGUGUGUCGCCGUCUGUCAGAUUUGGUGAGUGUGCAUGGUCUGCGAGGGUGCCUCAUGGAGUCUUUGCAGCUCUCAAUGGCAGGUCGGUCAGCCGGUCACUCCCUCCCUCCCCAACCAACACGCGAUGGGGCACUGGUGGUGGAUGAGAGAGACCGAGUGGGCGUGUGGGGUGGCGUCGGGUGUGAUGUGGUGUGGUGUGCAGGUUCUGGCGAGAAGCAUUUGUGUUACAUAUAUGGGAAGGGUGCGAAGAGCAGCACGUCGGCCAUCAAGCCCACCAACACCAAAUACUCAGUCCCAUACAGACUCCCACGCAGGUCAGGUCAACGCAACAUGUCAGCCGCAGUGUAGAUGGGUGGAGGGAGGGAGGGAUGGUCGAUGGAGUUCAUAGCAUUACAUGUGUGUGAAGGUCUGGUCCAUCUCACCCCUCAUGUAUGCAUGUACUGUACUGCACGUGUGUAUUGUAUGUGUCCAUCCGUGUCGGUCGAUCAACCACAACAUACAUAUGCAUGCAUUGGUGUGCAACCAUGUGUGUGUGUGUGUGUGUGUGUUUAGGAGUCGUCGUGAGGACAGGACCACGAGUGUGUGUCCGUCGCUGCAGUCGGUGGUGGACGCCACCUGGACUCCCACAGCUGAGCAGAUAGAGCACGCCCGCACCGGCAUCUUGGCCUGGGUGUACCACCAUCCCCUCCGCCACUCACAGGAGAAUAAGUACAAGAAGAUGAAGGAGGAGGAAAUGAUCGACAAACACCGCCGCAUGGAGCAGGAGAUGGACGACAGCCACCCUCUCUCCAGCCCCUAUAAAAAACACUCACACAAAGCAAAAAAGGACUCGGGCCGGUCUAAACACAGCCAGCAAGAGGUGGACAAACCAGGCCACGCAGCGGAAGGGACGGAGAGGGAGGAGGAAAGGGGCGAGGGGGGCCAAGGGGAUCGUGCACAUGCAGAUGCACACGAGGACGAUGGACACACCCCAGCCAGGAAGAAGGUAGGCACCGCACCGCACCGCACCGCACCGCACGCACCGGCGGGGGGGUGCACCACACCAGUGAGUAGCAGGGAGGGAGAGCAGCCACCCCACCCCACCACCAGCCUUCCUUUUACCGUCUGUUUCUGUGUGCAGCAUCGCGGUCAGUGAGUGACGCCAUCCAUCCCCUGACAGACAGAUGGACGGACAGACGGCCUAUGCUAUGUAUGUCAAACAAUCAGUCCC